GAUAAUCAAGAAAAAAUGUCAAGUGAUGAUAAAAAUAAACCUAGUAACCCCAAGAAUGAGCCCAAGAACUGUGAUCCCAAGUGUGAACAAAAGUGUGAGUCCAAAUGCCAGCCCAGCUGCUUAAAGAAGCUCCUGCAACGCUGCUCUGAGAAGUGCCCACGGGAAAGGUGUCCAGCACCACCAAAGUGCCCCCCACCAUGCCCCGGGCCCUGCCCGGCACCGUGCCCUCCACCAUGCCCUGGGCAGUGCCCCCCGCCCUGCCCUCCCAAGCCCUGCUCCAAGCCUUGUCCCCCCAAGUGCCCGCCUCCAUGUCCACCUCCAUGUCCCCCCCCAUGUCCACCUCCCUGCCCACCUCCAGAGUGA